AUGAGUGAAAAUGGAGCGCGCAAUAUACAGAAUAUAUUCGUUUUCAUCAUAACUGCAUUAUGCGCGCUUGGUGACACUCUUGAGGUGUACACGAAUCACUUUCAUGUACAUACGAAAGUGCCCGGCGCGGAAAAUGCACACAAAAUCGCUAAGCGUCAUGGUUUCAUCAACAGAGGACCGGUACUUGGUUCAGCAACAGAAUGGCACUUUGUACAGCCAGCCUUAUCGCAUGCUCGAACGAAACGAUCAACAGUACAUCAAAUGCUACUUAAGAACGAUGACGAUAUUGCCCAUGUGGAACAACUGACGGGAUAUAAACGCACUAAACGAGGUUAUAGAGCUCUGGAGGAACGACUUCAAGAACAACUUGACUUCAGCUCAGUGCAGUCACCCACCGAUCCUCUAUAUCCAUACCAAUGGUAUUUGAAAAACGUCGGGCAAGCUGGUGGCAAGAAACGACUGGAUUUGAACGUGGAAAAAGCUUGGGCACUUGGAUUCACCGGUAAGAAUGUUACAACGGCAAUUAUGGACGAUGGUGUGGAUUAUAUGCACCCGGAUAUCAAGAAUAACUUUAACGCAAAAGCAAGUUACGACUUCAGUUCGAAUGAUCCUUUUCCAUAUCCGAGAUAUACUGACGACUGGUUCAACUCACAUGGAACACGGUGUGCUGGUGAGAUAGCGGCAGCUCGAGAUAACGGUGUGUGCGGUGUUGGCGUUGCGUACGAUAGUAAAGUGGCCGGAAUUCGUAUGCUUGAUCAACCUUAUAUGACUGAUCUGAUUGAGGCCAACUCAAUGGGCCAUGAGCCGAAUCUGAUCCAUAUCUAUUCUGCCAGCUGGGGCCCAACUGACGAUGGUAAAACCGUGGAUGGACCGCGUAACGCAACGAUGCGAGCGAUCGUUAAAGGAGUUAACGAGGGUCGCAAUGGUUUGGGAUCUAUAUUUGUAUGGGCCAGCGGAGACGGUGGUGAGGACGAUGACUGCAAUUGCGAUGGCUAUGCGGCUUCGAUGUGGACCAUAUCUAUUAAUUCGGCAAUUAACAGCGGUGAGAAUGCGCACUAUGACGAGAGUUGUUCAUCGACUCUCGCUUCAACCUUCUCGAACGGUGGACGUAAUCCAGAAACUGGAGUGGCAACAACAGAUCUGUACGGACGUUGCACUCGUUCGCAUAGUGGAACGUCGGCAGCUGCACCAGAAGCGGCCGGAGUUUUUGCACUCGCACUGGAGGCAAAUCCGCAAUUGACAUGGCGUGAUCUGCAACACUUGACCGUGCUCACGUCAUCACGGAAUUCUUUGUUCGAUGGUCGCUGCCGUGACUUACCUGAUCUAGGACUUGAGGGUGAUGAGAUGCAUAAUAAGGAAACGAAGAAUUGCUCACAUUUUGAAUGGCAAAUGAAUGGAAUUGGUUUGGAGUAUAAUCAUUUGUUCGGAUUCGGUGUUUUGGAUGCUGCUGAAAUGGUCAUGUUGGCUGUUGUUUGGAAACCAUCCCCUCCAAGAUUCCAUUGUGAAGCCGGUACAAUCAACACACCACAUGAAAUUCCGGCCAGUGGCAAUCUUAUACUGGACUUGGAUACAGACUCUUGCGCUGGAACGAAUACAGAAGUGAAUUAUUUGGAGCAUGUUCAGGCAGUGGUUACGCUGAAUAGUAGUCGUCGAGGUGAUACCACCCUAUACCUGAUCUCACCUGCUGGCACAAGACGUCCAAAGGACGAUGAUAGUAAGGAUGGCUUUACUAAUUGGCCAUUCAUGACCACUCACACAUGGGGUGAGAAUCCACGAGGUCGAUGGAGACUGGUGGCUCGAUUCCAGGGACCUGGUGCUCAUCAUGGAACCGUAAAGAAGUUUACGCUGAUGUUGCAUGGCACCAAAGAUCCACCAUACGUCGGCAUUGAGCCGUUACAAGGGCAUGUCAAUAGCAAAUUAUCAGUGGUGCAGAAGGCACAUAAACGAGCAGCCGUAUUCUAG